AUGUGUCCUGUGAACGACAGUUACUUUGAGGAUGCGGAGGACGUGUCCAGGGAUGAGAGUUUGGCCAGGCUGGAGAUCGCUCUGCUCAGCGUGGUCUUCCUCAGUGCCGCCAUCCUCAACGGCUCCCUGCUGCUCGUCCUCUGGAGACAGCGCAAACAGAUGUCCAGGAUGCGCGUCUUCGUCUUCCACCUGUGCCUGGCGGAUCUGGUGGUCGCUUUCUUCCAGGUUUGCCCGCAGCUCAUGUGGGACAUCACAGACAGAUUCGUGGGACCGGACCUGGUGUGCCGCCUGGUGAAGUACCUGCAAGUCCUCGGCAUGUUUUCAUCCACCUAUAUGAUCGUGGUGAUGACGGUGGACAGAUACCAAGCUGUCUGCAACCCGAUGGUGAAGUUUCAGAGGGCACGCACGAGACUCAACAUCCCCGUGUGCGUCGCGUGGGGGAUUUCUCUGCUGGGCAGCCUGCCACAGGUUUUCAUCUUCUCACAGGUGGAGGUUGCACCCGGUGUGUUUGACUGCUGGGCUAAAUUUAUAAAGCCGUGGGGGCUGCAGACUUACAUCACCUGGACCACGCUGGUCAUUUUUAUCGUACCUGUUAUAACCGUUGUUUUUUGUCAAGUGCGCAUCUGCCGAGCCAUCCAGAUCAACCUGCACCAAAAGACUAAGCAGCACAGCAACGUGGAUGUCCCUCUGCCGUCCAGGGCCAGCGGGGUGGCCGGCAUGUCCAAGGCCAGGGUGAAGACACUGAAGAUGACGGUGGUGAUCGUGAUGGCUUAUAUUAUUUGCUGGGCUCCCUUCUUCACUGUCCAGCUUUGGUCCGCCUGGGACACAAAUGCGCCGAAAGAAACUGCAACCUUCACCAUCCUGAUGUUGCUGGCCAGUCUGAACAGCUGCGCGAAUCCCUGCAUCUACCUUCUGUUCAGCAGCCAGUUUCCCAAGAGGCUGAUGACUUUCCUGUGCCAGCGGCAGUCCGAGGGGAAAGAGUCAAUGCACGAUGAGGCAACGCUGGUCAGCACGCUGUACAUGAGCUUUAAAAAUGUCUCCGAGUCCAAAUGA